UGAGGAGAGCCAGCCCUGUCAGGCAGGAGCAGAAAUCCAGGCAGCACCAUUCUAGUGGCAGCCUCAAGACCUGUGGUCAGUGGCAGAAGAUGCUGGUGUCUCCCAUGGCAGAGAGGAAUAAGGAGCUGAUCCUGGAGGUACUGGCUGACUACAUGGAUAAUACAAGCCAAGCCUUUGGGCUGGAGCUGGCCUCUGGGACUGGGCAACAUGUGGUGCAUUUUGCCCAAGCCCUGCCUAAUGUCACCUGGCAGCCUUCAGAAAUCAGCCCGUCUGCCCAUGAGAGCAUCUCUGCCUACAUCAGAGCCACCAAGGUGCAGAACGUGAAGAAGCCACUGGCCAUUGACGUUUCUCAGCCCUGGGACCAGUGGGCAGGCUUGAGCCAGGGCCGCUGCAAUGUCAUCGUCAUCAUCAACCUGCUGCACUUCCUUGCCCAAGGCCUGGAGGGACUAUUCCAGGGUGUGGGCCAGCUGCUGAACCCCGGGGGAGUUUGCCUGAUCUAUGGGCCCUUUGCCAUCAAUGGGAUCAUCAGCCCUGAGUGCAACGUGGAGCUGGAGGAGAAGCUCCAGGAGAGGAAUCCAGCCUGGGGGCUGCGGGAUGUGGAGGAGCUGCGGCAGCUGGCCACCCUCAACGCACUGCGCCUCGAGCGCAUGCUGGAAAUGCCAGAAUACACCAAAUGCCUGAUUUUUCGGAGGAGGGAGCUGGAGAUGGCGUAG